AAGCAGUAGCUUAAGCCCCCUUCCACUAUUUUAUUUUUUUUCAAAGUGCGGUUUCUAAGGAUAGAACGCUCGACCUACGGGUUUAAGCAGACACCUUUAACCAUUGCGACCGACAUCAUUUCAGUACCUUCCACUAUGAUGAAAAGAGCAACUAUGGCUACCUUUUCACCAAAGCAUUCUUAUCGCUAUGGCAUUCGAUCUAUCAGCUUACCAACUAGAUCACAUCCAAGCACAGUUAGAGUUGAAGAAGAGCUGGACAAGCUUCAAUCUUGGGAACAAUCAUCUUCCUCAAGGGUGGAAGCAAUUUGCUUUGGUCUAUCUGGCCUUGUAGAGCUAUACAAGUGCAUAGAAGAUCUUUUGAAAUUACCACUGACCCAACAAGCACUGUCUCACCACCAGAAUGAGAAAUGGGUUGAUGAGUUGUUUGAUUGCCCUGUAAGAUUCUUGGACAUUUUGGGAGAAACAAGGGAUUCCAUCAUGUUAAUGAAGGGAAAUGUUCAAGAAUUUCAAUCAGCACUUAGAAGGAGAAAAGUUGGAGACAUGGUGAUUGAAAGGCACAUCUCUGCAUAUUGGAGUCUCAGAAGAAACACCAGAAAAACAUGUACAAAAUCUCUGAUUUUAUUGAAGCAAAUAAUAGAUGGGUCAUUUGGUGGUGCCUAUCUUCCUUUAGAUCUAAAUCAACAUCUUUCUGCAGUUGUGAGAGUUCUCAGAGAAGCUAGUGUGAUCACCAGCUACAUUUUUGAGUCACUAGUGGCAUUUCUUUCUUCACCUAUCUUCAAAGCAAAGGUUAAUAAGUGGACACUUGUGUCAAGACUUAUGAGGAAAGGGGUCCUUGAAUGCAACAAUCAACAGGAAAAUAAAAUUGGACUGGAAAAAGUGGACCUAGCACUUUGCAGAAUGGUUAUGGAUAACUCAAGCAAGGAUUUUGAGGCAGAGAAGAUUCAAUCUGCAAAUAGAGAGCUUGAAGCUGUGGUGGUAGUGUUUGAAGGGUUUGAAAAUAUGUUGGAUUGUUUGUUUAAGCACCUUAUUAAUACUCGAGUGUCUUUUCUGAAUAUACUUUCUCCUUAGAGGUAGAAUAUAAAAGGCAUAUAUAUGUAGUUCAGAAUUCAAGUCCAAUGAGACCAUUUGCAUAUUAGAGAAUCUGUAACAACAUUACAGACAUUUUUCUACUUGUAAGGAGGGUUGUUAAUUGUUAUCAAUGCAAUUGUACAUUUUAUUUUUAUUCUUUUUUCUUAAUGCAGAAUUGUACAGUAGUAUAAAAUU